AAGCCCAUUGUAAUAAGGGAAGUAGGUUUAGGAAGGCCUAUAUUUCAAAACCCUUAACACGAGUGCUCUCUCGCGGCGGAGAAAGAAGAAGCAGAGAAAUUGCAGGGAGUUUUCUGGCGGCGCCGCGUGAUCUAGAAAUGGUGAAUCACAGAUUCCAUCAGUACCAGGUGGUCGGGAGAGGUCUCCCAUCGGAGUCCGAUGAGCACCCGAAGAUGUACCGCAUGAAGCUGUGGGCCACCAAUGAGGUCUGCGCAAAGUCUAAGUUCUGGUAUUUCUUGAGGAAGCUCAAGAAGGUGAAGAAGUCGAAUGGCCAAGUCCUAGCUAUCAACGAGAUCUUUGAGAAGAAACCAACCACAAUCAAGAACUAUGGGAUAUGGCUGAGGUACCAAAGCAGAACUGGUUACCACAACAUGUACAAGGAAUUUCGUGAUACGACCUUGAACGGUGCGGUUGAUCAGAUGUACACUGAGUUGGCCUCUCGCCACAGGGUUCGCCACCACUGCAUCCAGAUCAUCAAGACGGCUACCAUUCCUGCGAAGCUAUGCAAGAGAGAGUCCACCAAACAGUUCCAUAACUCCAAGAUCAAGUUUCCUUUGGUGUUUAAGAAGGUUAGGCCACCAUCUAGGAAGCUCAAGACCACCUACAAGGCAUCCCGGCCCAACCUCUUUGUUUAACCCUUUUGUUGCUCUAUAUUGCCGCUUUUGCUCUCCCGAAUUUUACCAUUUUAGCAUUUUUCUUCGUUUUGUCACAAUUUGGACGGACCGUUUGUUUUGGUAAAAGCACCGUUUGUUGUUUAAGAGAGUUGUUUUUUAGUACUCCCUGUGAUAUUACUCUUCCCAGUGUUCACGUUCCCUUGUUUUAACCGGUCCUUCAAUAUAUUUUUUUAUAAAAAAAUCUUUUUUUACUCU